CUGUGGGGCCGCUGGAGGUGGGCGGGGAACAGCAGCGGCAGCGCUGUCACCCCCGCGGCCCCUUCCCCUCCGCUCUCCUGGCGCAGCGGCAACUGCCCUGCCGGGCUGCAGCUACAGCGGAGGAGGCGCUGCCCGGGGACCCUGCUUGUCGCGGCCGCUACCGCCGCCUGAGCUGCCAUAGCAACGCAGCAGACACCGAGGAGGGGGCUCUGGGCUCUGCAGCCCAGCUCACGGUCAGAGUCUGAGGCCGGGGCCGGCCGCCUGGUGGCGGGACUCGCGGCCCCGUGCCCAGCGGUGCCUCCCUCUCCCACUGUAGCCUGGACGGGAUGGGCAGCACUGCCGCGCUGGGCCCCCUGCCCGCUUUCCAGUUCCGGCCGCGGCAUGGGAGCCCAGACUGGCGCAGGCUGAGUGCCGUGGACGUGGAGCGGGUGGCGAGCGAGCUGGACGUGGCGGCCCUGCAGGAGCACCUCGGCCAUGUCACUUUCUGCAGCGCCGAGCGGCUGCUCUGCCCGCAUUGCCGGGGCCCCGCCGACCCGCUGCUGCUCAAGCUGGUGCGCCUGGCACAGCUUUCCAUCGAGUACCUGCUGCACUGCCAGGAGCACCUGGGCGCCCAGCUGCAGGGCCGCGAGCAGGCACUGCGGGCGGCUGACACCCGGCUGGAGGAGCUGGGCAAGGAGGCGGCCCGGUGUGCCCAGGAGAUGAAGCUGCUGAAGGAGGAGUGCAGGCGGCGGAAGAAGAUGAUCAGCACCCAGCAGAUGAUGCUGGAGGCUAGAGCCAGCUAUCACCAGUGUCAGUUUUGUGAUAAGGCUUUUAUGAACUACUCCUUUCUACAAAGUCAUAUGCAGCGACGCCAUAAAGAAGAAUCUCACACUGCAGAACAAAAGAAGAAAGCACAGACAGAUAAAUUACAGGAUGAGAUCGAUAAAUUGAAGGAGCAGUUACAGCUCACUAAGUCCCUCCUAGAAGCUGAACAACAAGCUCACAUGGCCAGAUUUUCUAAGGAAUAUGAACAUCAAAGAUCAAAAGAAGAAGAAAUUCUGCAAUCUUUUCAUAAAUGGAAAGAGGAAGAAAAAGAGAAAUUGGCUGAUGAAAUAGAGAAAGUAAAAGAGAUGUUUAUGAAGGAGUUUAAAGAAUUAGCUACAAAGAAUACUGCAUUAGAAAAUCAGAUCUCAAAGCCCUUUACAAAGGAGCAAUUGUUAGAAUUACAGAAGUCCAAUAUUCAACUGAAAUCCAAUUUAGGCACUUUAAAAGACAGCCAUGAAUUUACAGAAGAGAGACCUCAGAAUGAUCAGGAUUAUCAGAAUAUGAUGCAACUUCUUGAAAAACAGGAGAGUAAGUGGACUUCCAGAAUACAAGCCCUUCAUCAAGAACAUGAAAAAGAAAGGUGCCAGCUACUGUCACAGAUUGAGAAGCUUAAAUCAUCAAUGACAGAGGAUCUAAAUGCAAGUAACAUCUUCUAUAAGAAAAGGAUAGAGGAGCUAGGGCAGAGGCUUCAGGAACAGAACAAGCUGAUUAUUUCUCAAAAACAGCAGAUAAAAGAAUUGUCCACAAAAUCACUAGUAAGCGUCAAACCACACAAUGUGAAUGCUCCAGCACAGCAUGUUGUAGAACCUAAAUCAAGUCUACAAGACACACAUGAAAUGGAAAAAAACGAACACAAAAUAGGAAGAAGUAAGCAACAUUUAAUAAAUGCUUUGAAGACUAAUCCUUCAUUAACUAAAGAAUUACGAACGGUUUUGGAGCAGACCCUGGUGGAGAAGUUGGAAUCCUUGGGAAUUAAAGCAGGUGUUCGUGGUAUCCCGAGUGACUACUUAAACAAAGUCUUAGUUUCUGUUGAAUCUGCCAGAGAAGAGAAAGAGAAACAAGUGCCUGACAUUCAACUAAUUCGAGAGCAUCUUGAACGCCAGGUCAGCUUCAGGAUUGAGGAGAGAUCUUCAUCGGCUUGUAAUAGGCUUGUUUCCAGCUCUCGUCUUGCUUCAGAAGAUAAACAAAAGAUGGUUCAUAUGGCAACUUCCUCAUCAACGGUGAAGCCAAAACCAGCAAAGCGGACUUCUACAGCUGUAUGCCCAGUUGGACAAAGAAUGACUUCUGCUGAAAAUACAUCUACACCAAGACCCAGGAAGCAUGUUUUUCGAGAGGGGGUUUCCAGAAAAACAUCUAGUAUUGGCACUCCACCGUUCAGCUCAGAAGAGGAAGUGGAUGAUGAUGAUAUUAUGCACUCAUAUAUAUCACCAGAAUUAUUGCAGCUAAAAGCAUCCAGCAACAGCAUGAAUAAUUGUGGGAUGGUUACAGGCAAAAGUGAUAUGGAUUGGACUGAAGAAAGUGAAAUGGAGGAGAUUGAAACACCUUCCAAGCCUUCAAAAGGGGGAAUUAUCCAAAAACUGACUGAACAAGUUGAAAAUACUCUUUCUAGCCAUGGAAAUAAGAAUAAGCCAGCUGGAGGAAUUAAUGUCACACAGGCAUUUAUUAAAAAAGAAGAUGCACAAGAACUGAAGUUCACAGAAGUUGAUGAUGAUGACUGGGAUAUAUCAUCUGUAGAAGAAGAAAAUUGUUUAUUAGCAAAAGACGAGAGAGGGCAGAAGGGAACUGCAGUUCAAAAGAAUAAUGAAUCAAAUACUGCAUCAAUGGUACAUGCCUGGGGUGUUCCUAAGGCAAAUAUGCCUAAGGAGGAAGGAUUUCAUGAUGCUGAUACAACGAGCACAUUAAAAAGCAGCUUAGUCACUGUAACUGAUUGGAGUGACUCUUCAGAUAUAUAACUGUUCAAUUCAAAAUGGCAGACAUUUCUGUUAGAUCAUAAUACAGAGUUAAAGACCCUGUCUAAAAGAUUCUGACUCCUAUUCAUUUUUUUCAAUUGUACAUUAAUAACAAGGAAGAUUGUUUACAAAAUGCUUGUGUUUUUUAACCUUAAACAGUUUACAAAGGGAUUUACAUACAUGUAAUUAGCCCCUCAGUAUUUAGAAACUUGGGGUGAAAUCCUGGCCGAAUUGAAGUGAACGGCAAAACUCCCACGAACUUCACUGGGGCCAAGAUUUCUCCCUAUUGUUUCUUUGUAAGACUGAAACCAGUUUCUAAAAAAGCCCAGAAGCAUUAACUAAUAAACCGUUUCCUGCAGAAUGUUAAUUAUCAGUAUUUUUAAAGCUUUUUAAAAAAUGAAUAUUUUUUUUAUAUUUUAUCCUGAAUUUUAUAUACAAAGUGAACAUUUUAAAUAAGCUUUUUCUUUGUAUUAAAGUGUUAACAUUUCCCAGCAUGAUUUAAAGUAAGUGUCAGAGGCUGAAAAAUGGUAUAGUUUACAGAUUUGUUGGUGUAUGCCUUGAAACUUAAUACUGGGAAAGUGUUUCUGCUUUACUUAUUAGAAUAUGUUUUAAUGUGUAUUCAUAUAAAACUUCAAAUUAUAAAAAUAUAGCUAGACAACUUGAAUGGGAACGAGAAAGGUACAGCUGUGAUAUUGAACACGUAUUUGUAUUUUUUUGGUUUUUAUAUUCAAUAAACUUUUGCUCUUGCAGUUGCAUUAAUUUCCCAAGAUAGCUGCCUUCAUAAAAAUAGACUUAGCUGCU